AUGUCUGUCUUCCAGAGCAAGCUCACGUUGCUGACAUUGAUCUUUUUGUUUCAAUGGGUCGCAUGCAAGGUAGUUCAAUAUGAACUCAAUCUCACAUGGGAAGAUAAGGAAGUCGCCGGGUUUACGAGGAAAGCCAUUGCCACAAAUGGGCAUACCCCCGGUCCGGCGUUGUGGAUACAACAAGGCGACGAUGUUGAAAUUCUGGUGAACAAUUCCAUGCCAUUUGGGUCUACACUUCAUUUUCAUGGAAUUGAACAGCGCGGUACACCCUGGUCCGACGGCGUACCUGGUUUGUCGCAGUACGAGAUUGCGCCAGGCGACCAGUUUCUCUACAGAUGGAAGGCGGAACAGUAUGGGAUUUAUAUGUACCAUGCGCACACGCGAGGCCAGACGGACGACGGCUGCUACGGGGCCAUGUAUAUCCAGCCCGAUGAGUCCGAGGAGAGACCCUUUGGGCUGAUCGCUGGAGACGAAGACGACCUCCAUGCCAUGCUGGAGGCGGAGCGCAACACCCAGCCGCUCCUUCUCUCAGAUUGGCGCUCCCUCACGGCAGAAGAAAUCUGGCAGGCAGAGAUAGACUCUGGGGUCCCAAGUACUUGCUCUGUGGCGGUCCUGAUUAAUGGGAAGGGGUCCGUGAAGUGUCUUUCCAAGGACGAGCUCAACGCAGCCACUACCCCUAUACAGCGGAUUGGUCUUGGAGACAGGCAAUUGACUGAUCUUGGCUGCCUGCCUGCUGUCACUGGCAAUAGCACUGGCUUCCCUCAGAAUGCAGACAUUCUGCCUGAGACCUUCCAGGAUGGAUGCAGGCCUAGUCAGGGUCCAGAGGAGAGGUUCAUAGUAGACCCUGCUACCCGAUAUGCCAGUUUUGACUUGCUCAGUAUGGCUGGAAGCUCGCAGCUUGUGUUCUCCGUAGAUGAGCACCCCAUGUACAUCUACGCGGUCGACGGCCGAUACGUCGAGCCGGUCAAAGUCGACGCCAUCACACUUCCCAUCGGGACACGAUAUUCCGUCCUCGUGAAGCUGGACAGCAAACCUGGAGACUACACCUUACGAGCCGCCAAUAGCUUCCGCGCCCAGCUCAUCGGUGGCACGGGUGUCUUGUCUUACCGCAACGCAGAUAAGCAGCGCGGACCCUCGACUCCUUCCAUCACACUAGGGGCCGCAACGAUCAACGACGCCGUGUUGCUAGACGAGUCCAUCAUCGUUCCAUUUCCGGCCGUAGCACCCGCACCGCAGGCCGACCACACUUAUAUCCUGAACGUGGACCACUUCAACGCUUCGUACCGGUGGGUGAUGGGCAACAGCAGCUUUCCGCUCGAAGCCGAGAAGGCCACUCCCCUGCUGCUCAAUCGCACCUCGAUCCCGACCGAGUACACUAUCACUACGCAUAAUGACACGUGGGUGGACCUCAUCCUCAACGUGACAACAGCCGGCCAGCCCGCGCACCCGAUCCAUAAACACUCGACCAAGUUUUUCGUCAUCGGUGAGGGCUCGCAGCCGUGGACGUGGUCGUCCGUCGAUGAGGCGAUCCAGAACGUGCCGCAAAACUUCAAUCUGCAGAAUCCGCAGCUUCGCGAUACUUAUGCAACUCCGGCGGCUACUACCAGCCCGACCUGGCUGGCUCUGCGGUACCAUGUUGUUAACCCGGGCCCGUUUCUGCUUCACUGUCAUAUCCAGAUGCACAUGAACGGAGGCAUGGCGUUGGCUGUGCUGGAUGGGGAUGAUGCGUGGCCAGAGGUCCCAGAGGGAUACUUGCUACCUGCUGUAGAGUGA